UCACAAUUGAUGACGAUGACGACGUUGAUUCGCAGGCACCACGUGGUGGACGUGAACGUGGCGGUGAGCACCUCGUUUGGCCUCAUCACACCGAUCGUCUUCAACGCGCACCACAAGGGCCUCGCCACCAUCAGCCGCGACGUCACCGCCCUGGCCGCACGGGCACGCGACGGCAAACUCCAGCCCCACGAGUUCCAGGGAGGAACCAUCACCAUUUCGAACCUCGGCAUGUUCGGCAUCAAGAACUUCUCGGCCAUCAUCAACCCCCCUCAGGCGUGCAUCCUGGCCGUGGGGGGCACCGAGAAGAGACUGCUGCCAGCCGACAAUGAGAAAGGCUUCGUGGUGGCGAGCGUCAUGUCGGUGACCCUGAGCUGUGACCACCGCGUUGUGGAUGGAGCCGUCGGCGCCCAGUGGCUGGCUGAGUUCCGCAAGUUCCUGGAGCGGCCCAGCACCAUGCUGCUGUGAGUGGCACCACCACCGCCACCACCACCUCCACCUCCUCCUCCUCCUCGAUCGUCUUCCUCAUCGUCGUCCUCCUGGCACCUGCUACUGAACCCUCUCUCUCCGCUUGCCCCCCGCCCUGGUGGCUGCAUCUCACGAACUACAACGACAACAACGACAGCUGCCGUAACAGCUGCUGCUGCUAAAGCUACUCCGCAAUCAACGUCUACGGGACGUCACCCGACACUCGGUCCGCGCGCACAACCCCACCCCCCCCAACUCCUCUUCGUCCUCGGCUUCAGCAUCGUCGUCGCUUUAGUGCGUGACGUUGCACCGCGCCUCCUCGCCCACGCCCUGGAUUUGCUGACAAGAACCGUGGUGCACGGCGUCGAUGGGGCGGAGGGGGGUGGGUCAGGGGUGGAGGCAGAGGAAAGCCCCCCCCCCCCCCCCCCCCCAAGCUGUACGUGGUGUGGUAGUGACCGACUGCUAGGGCCGUUAAACAGCUGUUAACAGCUGUGCCUCUCUCUUCCAACAGCUGUAUGCCUCGUUCACGGCUGUCUCCUUAACAGCUGUUGAAGAGACAGCUGUUACCGAGUAAGGACUGCGCCUCUGGUGGUCUCAUUGACGGCUGUGUCUCGGUAACAGCUGUGCAUGAGACGCAGCUGUUACCGAGUAAGGGCCGUGUCUCGUUAACCGCUUGCUAACGCAAGCCGGCGUUGGUGCUAAACAACACGAGAACAAGCAGUUCUGAAAGAAGUGUUGUUUUCAAUCUAGGCCAUUUAAUAGCAGCAGUGGACACUCACCGAGCGGUCCAUUCUCUAGAAGCCGGUCUUCGCUGCUCAGCGAGCCGCGCACCUUCCAGUCGCUCGCUCGGCAAUUGCGGUUGCCUUUAAACGGCGACAAAUAACAACAAACAACAACAAGACAAAGUUGCUUGACUCGAAUCGCGAGGCCCGGAUCGUUGCAGCUUUCUGAACAGGCAGCCGCGGCCGCGACGGCGUUCAGUUAUCGCUCGUAGGUCUGUACGUGUUUACGUAUGUUGGGAACUUCCUUCGCGCCAUAUGUAAGCCAACCGCGCUAAUCGGAGGUGCGGGCGGGGGCGGUGGGGGCGGUGGGGGGGCGAGGUGAGGGGAAGGACUAAUAAUUAAAUGCAACAACAAAACAGUUCUUGAAGAAACGUUGAACUUCUUUUCGCACCGUACGUAAGCCCGACCCCCGCUAACCCGCUCCCCGCGGACGCCGUGGCCAGGAGUCCAACUUGGGCCCUGUGUGUGACUCUUUUGGGGGACAGAGCGCCGUGCCUCCCCCUCCCCUCUCCCGCCGGCAGGGAGUGAUCGCAGUAGCUGGCGGACAGGGGAUAGACCUCUCCCACCACCACCACCCCCCGCCCCCACCGUUUGCGUACGGAGAGACCUCAGCUUCACCGGUUUUUGUCACCAGAUUAUUUAACAUUUGAUGCAUUUUGAGGAAUUUCCCCCCCUCCUUGUAUUGUGGUUAUUAUCGUUGUCGUAAACCAGUGGUUCUUAAACCUUUACUCUGCGGCCUUGGCGGCACCCACCCACCCUUUGGUUCUCGGUCAUUCAAAAAGUUCCUUGUUAGUAAAUACAUGGGGGGUUGAUGAAACAGGUGGAAAAUGGAACCUUUUUGGCAAUAAUCAACGUGUGAGAAAAUAAGAGUAGAUUUUGCGCUUUGCUGGCAAUAAAGACAGGAGCUGUGUUAAGAUGUUCAAACACCGAACAGAGGAAACAUUUUGCAAGCAAUCGAGUAGCUGCAUUAACCACACACACACGGUACUCGUGCUGAACAUGCAAACAAACAUGGCUCUGAUCAUAUUAGAUGCAUUGUCUUUGAAACUGAUUGGCCCACACCUGGAUUCCUUGCGAAAGAUUUCUGUUUUGCAAGGAAUCAAUAGGGGGCGGCGUGAUGCACCCCAGGUUAAGAAGAACCACGAAUCUGGCUGUCUCCCGAUGAAGCUGGUGGCAGUUACUGGCGAAGCGUCGUACUCGGAUUGUAAAUGUUGUGGCUUGGCUCUCCGACACACCGGCGUGCUGUACUAGUGACGAAUUGGCCACGUUCUGUUUACGUGACAACCCUUUACUAGUUGGCUGUGUCGGGCGGUGGCGGGUUUUAACGACACAACAUUUAUAUAUUUACGCGGUCCGACCCUAACAAAUCCGUAUUGUGGAUUAUAUUAAUCGCGAAAGCCUGCUAACGUGUUAGGAAGAGCCACUGGUUUUGAGGCAUUCACCCGUUUGUAUUAUUAUUGUUGUCAUCAUUAUCAUUGUUGUUGUCUUAAA